AGCUAUUUUUCAGCCAGUGCUAUCCACUUCCGAUUUGCUUUCCCGAGAUGGCUCGCAUCUGGACUUGGUGGAGCUCCGGGGAGGAGACGUUGACGCCCUUCUUGCAACUCUGCUUGAAAAGCUGGCGAGUGAAGCAUCCCGAGUGGCAGGUAGUGGUGCUGGAUUCCGCGAACCUCUGGCAGUACUUGACGGCAGACGACUUGCCCAGCACCUUCACGCAGAUUCAGAGGGCAUCCCUGCAGUCUGACCUGGUUCGUCUUGCGAUCCUUGCAAAGUAUGGUGGCUGCUAUGUGGACAUGUCCAGCCUGGCAACACAGCCAACAGCAGAGAUGGCAUGGGCUCGCAUCGGCGAGGGCGCUUGCUUGGUGGGCUUCCGGGCUCCGCAUUUCAUCCCCGACUUUGUCUCCGCCUGGUUUCUGGCGGCGCCCCAGCAGGAGCCCAUCGUGGUGGAGUGGAGCAAGAUGUUCAACCAUGUGAUGGAAGGCCGCGUGGACGACCGGGACAUCCACCAUCACAGCUUCUUUGAGGGCGUGGAUUUGAGCGACUACUUGAGGUACGGUGCUUUGGCCCCCAAGCCAGGACAGGCAGCAUCACUGUGGGUUGAGUACCUUGUGGUGAACGUGGUUCUGAAGGCAGUGCUGGACAAGGAUCCCUCCCUGAAGCAACGAUUCUGGUCGUCUUCUUGCCUUGUGCUUGAGAGCGACCCCAACUUGAGCCCCACGCUCUGGAGCGAGUCGCAAGUGCACCUCAUCCCAGAGGAUGUCGCCUUCCCAGAGAACGAGAAGCUCAAGAUGCAGAAUCUGCUGAAGCAAGAUCCGGACUUCGCCACACGUCUCAUGGACCUGCCGAUGGUGAAGUUCUUCAAUUCUGGGAGUCCAUAUGCUCACCUGAGCUCAGAGGAGUUGCUUGCCAGCCCUUCGGUUCUGGGAUGCUUGAUCCGGAAGGCUUUGGGAUAUCUGGUGGACGCCUCACAAUCCCCAGCUCAAUGGCCCCAGCUCCCGGCCUUGAAGGACCUGCCGAAUUGGCCGACGUCUUCGACGAGUUCGUCGCCUUUCGCGUGGACGUCGCAGGGGCGCUGGACGCGGCCAGAGGACCUGGCAGCCGAGCGCGUGGCCGUUGCCACCGUGGUGACCGACAGAUGCUCCGCGGUGGCAGCGAGAUCUCUGGCCAGGAGCCUCACCAAGGCGACGCGCCAGGGCACCGCAUACGUCGCGCUGGUUCCGGAGCCGGUGGAACCCGAGCUGUGCCACAUGCUGGAAGUUGAGGGCUGGCAGGUGAUUCCAGUUCAGCCGCUGGAGUUCAUGAGCUUGCACCUCUGGAUUUUGCCCUGGGAUCGUGUGCUUUACAUCGACGCCAAUGCCAUUGCAGUGGGAGACUUGCAGCAGCUGCUGUAUUCCCCCGAGAUGGAGCCUCCGAAGGAUGGUGUCGCCAUGAGCCCCGAGUACUGCGCCGCAAUGCCUUCAGAGGAGUCCACGGCCGGGGGCACUCCCAAGGCAGGAGUCGCGUGAGCCAACCCGUGUCGUUUCAUUUCUUCGGCCUUGCUCGCCAGCCUCAACCUCGGGAUCUUGGGGAUUUGGGGACAUGGGAAUGCGUUUUAACCGGCACUGCGAGCGAGUGCCUGGCGCAUUGGCGCAUCCUUUUUGCGCGACUUGGGCGCGUGCAGGCGAGCAGUUCCUCGAGCGAGCGCUUUGUGGAAGACGCCGUCACGGUGGCGUCUACCAGCAUGCUGGACCUGAAGAAUUCCGAGGCGAUGCUCAAGGUGUCCGGGCUCCGGUCGGGCAGCUACGACAAGGCCCAAGCGGCGGCGGCCUUUAAGGAGAAUGGCUACUGCCAUGCCGGGGUCGUCCUCUUGAGACCUUCCAUUGCCGAGUUCCAGCGGUUGUUGGAGGUGCAGCGCCUGAGCGCUUUUGCCUCGAUGGGCGACCUGCUGCACGAGGUGUAUACCAAGCGCGGCCUCACCAAGAUUUUGCGCAAGGGCUACAACGCGCAGAAGUGGCUGCGCAUCUGCGCCCCUGAGCUUUGGCAGACCCUGGAUCUCAAGAUCAUCAGCUUCUGUGGCACCAAGCCAUGGCUUCAGAUGGGCACCGAGGUCGUUGAGUGCCUAGAGGGCGAGAACUCAGCCUGUCAGGACUUGGUGAGGCUUUGGCACCAGGUCUACAACUGAAGUGGACUCCUUCACAAGUUGAGCCUGAAAUGCAUGCCGAAUUUGGAUGGUUUGGCUUAUUUUUGUUGUACAGUGCCCGCUGGCAGUUCUGCACCACAGAUGCUGGGGAGGUCUGAUGUUUACCGCAAACGAGUGGUGCAUCCUCCAUAGCCAGCCAGUGCGAGCGGUCCCAGCUUCGGGGUGAUUGUUUCCUUAAUUCAUCCAGUGUUCUGCUUUCAUUCACAUUUUUGGCUGUCCGAGCGACAGUGCAAAGACCAGAAGUCAUAGACCGCACGUCUCGGAUGUCAAAGUC